AUGUCAGGGGCUGAAAAUUCACAAAACACGGUUAAUGCUACUACUGCUUCUUCUAAUGUAAGAGGAAGACCGAACUAUCCCGAAAGAAGAAAUGAUCAUGGGUGGAAACAUGGGAUAGAUGUUCUUGGAAAUGGCAAAAAAGUUCGCUGCAACUAUUGUCAUACCGAAUUCUGGGGAGGAAUUAAUAGAUUCAAGUUACACCUUGCUUGUUAUGGAGGAGAUGCUGGGAAAUGUGUUAGUGUCCCACAUGAUGUGAUGCAAUUAUUUAAGCAAAUUGUGUCUAAUGCUGAAGAUGCAAAAAAUAAAAAGAGGCAUUUGAUUGACAUUAGUGCAGAAAAUGAAGUGGAGGUUGAUGUUGCUAGGCAUCAAAUUCAAAGCAAAGGGAAAGGUCUUCUUAGCUUCACAUCAAAGGGAAAGAGUAGUGGAGGAGGGGUGCAACAACAUUUGAAUGAAAUGCUGAAAAAGGACUUGAAGGAGCAAGCUUAUGAUGAAAUUGCUGAAUUUUUCUACACAAGUGGUCUUUCUUUCAAUGUGGUGAAAAAUCCUGCUUUUGCAAAGAUGUUGGAGACUGUUGGGAGAUAUGGAUGUGGUUUCAAACCACCUUCUUGUAAUGAUAUUAGAGAAAAUCUUUUGAAACGAGCUGUGGCUCGAACUGAUGAAAUAAGAGAUGAGUUUAAGGAGGAAUGGAAAAAAACUGGUUGCACAAUCAUGUCUGAUGGAUGGACGGAUAGGAAGAGGCGCUCAAUUUGCAACUUCAUGGUGGUUACUGAUAAUGCUGCAAAUUACAAAGCAGCGGGAGAAAAGUUGAUGCAAACAAUAUAUCAUUUGUAUUGGACCCCGUGUGCGGCACAUUGCAUUGACUUGAUAUUAGAAGAUAUUGAGAAGAUUUUGAAUGUGCAUAAAGUCACUAUAAAGAAGGGAAGAAAUAUCACCACCUACAUAUAUUCCAGGACUAUGCUUAUUACUUUGUUGAGGAAAGAGACUUCUGGGAGGGACUUGAUUAGGCCUGGUGGGACUCGCUUUGCCACAGCAUAUUUGACUCUAUCUUGUCUUAGUGAACUCGAAACACCAUUGAGGGCCAUGUUUGAUUCAGAAGAUUGGAGGUCAACUAAGUUUGCUACUUCAACAGAGGGGAAAAAGGUGCAAAGAAUAGUAAAGUAUUCUCAAUUUUGGAAGAACAUAGUGAUAUGUCUCAAGGCUGCUGGUCUUAUGAUAGAAGUCCUUCGCUUGGUGGAUUCAGAUGAAAAACCCGCCAUGAGUUUCAUAUAUGAUGCAAUUGAUACCGCUAAAGAGAAGAUAAAAACAAACUUCAAGGAUGUCAAGAAAAGAUAUGAGUCUGUAUGGAAAAUCAUUGAUGAGAGGUGGGAUAAACAACUUCAUAGGCCCUUACAUGCAGCUGAAUAUUAUCUUAAUCCCUACUUCCAUUGGGAUUCUAAUUUCAAAAAAGAAGAUGUUGAGGUCAAAGAAGGGCUAUACAGUUGCAUGAUAAAGAUGCUACCCAAUGCUAUGGAGAGGAAAAAGAUUCAUGCCCAACUUAUUGUGUUUCAUAAUAGAAAAGGCAUGUUUGGACUAGAAGAUGCACAAAGUGUUAGGAAGACUAUGACUCCAGCAGAAGGGUGGGAGGCUUAUGGAGAUCAUUGCCCCGAACUAAGGAAUUUUGCCAUUCGGGUUCUAAGCUUGACUUGUGGUUCUUCCGGGUGUGAGCGCAAUUGGAGCGCAUUUGAAAUGGUGCAUACAAAGAAAAGGAAUAAAUUGCACCAAAAGAAGAUGAAUGAUUUGGUUUAUGUCAUGUACAACUUGAAGUUGAAGAAUAAACCAAAAAAGAGAAAUGUUUUUGCCUCUUGUUCUUUUGAGGAAGUUGCUUCAGAUGAUGAGUGGAAAACUGAGGAAGGAGAAGAUGUUAAUGUCAAUGAACUGAAUGAAGAAGUUGGACUUGAACAUCUUAAUGACAAUGAUGUUAAUGUUGAUUUGGAUGAAGUUGGAGGAAGUAUUAGCCAUACUAAUGCAAGUGGAAUUAGACAAGACUUUUCAUCUGAUUCUGAUGAAGGUGAUGCCGAUGGCAAUGAUGAUGGAGGAGAAUCUGAAGAUGAUGAUGGUGAUGAUCAUGGAAUGGAAGAAUGA